AUGGCUACCUUUCGAAGAAUAAUGACCGAUUGUGGCCUUAUGGACAUGGGAUUUAUUGGCAGUAGAUUCACGUGGAGCAACAAAUUCACUAAGGAGCGCCUGAUUGAGGCUUCCAGACACCAACUCCUUACUCAGCAGGAAAAAUACUGGCGUCAAAGGUCUAGAGCUAUCUGGCUCAAGGAUGGUGAUAGAAACUUGGCGUACUUCCAUAGGCGUGCUAGUAAUAGAAGAAGUAGAAACUUGAUUCGAGGUUUGGUGAAUGAGCAAAAUGUAUGGCAAUCUGAUCCCCAUGAGAUUCAACGUUUACUUAUGAGCUAUUUUCAACAAGUGUUUUCUACAAAAGGUUAUGACAAUGAAGCUUUAUCUGCGGUUAUACAAGCUACACCAGUCAAAGUAACAAAGGAGAUGAAUGAAGAUUUAAUGAGGCCUUACACUGAUGAGGAAAUAAAAGGAGCACUCUUUCAAAUGCAUCCCUCCAAAAGCUCGGGACCGGAUGGUUUAUCAGCUUUAAUUGCACAGGCAGUGAACAACAACAGGAUUCAAGGUCUUACCAUGUGUCAUACGGCUCCAACUCUACAUCACUUGUUUUUUGCUGAUGACGGCUUCUUGUUUGGCACUACAAAUGUGGCAGAAUGCAUUAGCUAUAGAAAUAUUUUAGACAUUUAUGAAAGAGCAUUUGGUCAAAAGGUGAACUUUCAGAAGAGCAGUGUGGUGUUUAGCAACAAUGUAAGUAUGGAGACUCAGUUACAGCUCGCACAUCUUUUAGCUGUGAAGAGAGUUCAUGAGCAUGACAGAUAUUUGGGCCUACCUCUAAGGGUGGGUAAAUCGAAGACCACAAUAUUUGAAUAUAUCAAAGAGAAGUUUACAAAGAAGUUAUUUAGUUGGAAAGCAAAAAUUCUCAACUGUGCAGGUAAAGAGAUUUUGAUUAAGGCUGUAGCACAAACUAUGUCUUUGUAUGCAAUGAAUUGUUACUUAUUGCCAAAGAGCUUAUGUGAUGACAUUUAUCAACUGUGUGCUUCCUUCUUUUGGGGGGAUACUGAUGAGCAUAAGAAAAUCCACUGGCGUAGUUGGGACAGAAUGUGCCUGACAAAACAGGAGGGUGGUAUGGGCUUCAAAAAUAUUUAUGCUUACAAUUUAGCUAUGCUAGCAAAAAAGGGAUGGAGAAUUGUCACUAAUCCUGAUUCUUUAAUUGCUAAAUUAUACAAGGCUCGUUAUUUUCCUUACUGUUCCUUUUGGGAAGCAGAACUUGGAGACUCACCAUUAUUCUCAUGGAGAAGCUGUAUUAAUGGAAGACCUGUCCUUAAAGCCAGGGUUCAAUGGAAGAUUGGGGAUGGAAAAUAG